AGGCUCUGAUUCCUGAGCUCAGAGCCGGAGGGAGUGUUUGUGCUGAGCGUGGAAGGGAUUAGUCAGGGACAGCAGCGAGGGUCUCGGGACUCGGGAACUGAUCAGACAGGACAGCUUUGAAGUGGGCUGUUUUCUCAUCCAAACUUCUGAGCAAGCACCAUGAAGUUCUUGUGCACGAGAAAACAGCUUCGUCUUUAGGCUGCCAAAGACGAAGACGGCGGGAAGAUCUUGAGAUCUUGAUCUUGACAAGGGAUACAUCUUUGAAACGACGCGAAAUGAUCUCAUCACGUCUGGUGAAACCAUCGAAGCAGCCGCGGAAGGAGCCACCGGGGGAUCGCUCGAGGAUGCUGAUCGUGGGCGAGAGGCUGAUGAGAGCCGGCAGUGAAGGAAACCUGCUGAGAUCCACACCGAACCAACAGCAGGAGCUUCAGGAGCAGAGCAUGAAGAUGAUCUCCAACCCGGAGAAGGUGAAGAGCGAGCGGAGGCCAUGCUCGGCAGAGGAUGUGGACAAUCUGGACAGGAAGUCGAGCAGAAGGGACGUGUGUGACCGAUCGAACCCCUGGUCCCCUCGCACGCUUCCUCGUAAGCACACACUCGCCAUGCAGACGCAGAACGCAGAGCGGCGGAGAGAGGCCUUUCUGGAGCUCCUGAAGCAGAAAUACCCUCAUCACGCGUCGGCCAUCGCUGGACAUCAGGAGAGACUCCGGGAUCACAUCAGGACUCACGGUGUUUUAGGGGAGCAGGAGUGUGUGAGAGAGGUCAUGUCUGAAGGAGAAGCGCUCCCGACCUUCACGCGGGGAAGCCGCACUCGCGCCAGCCUUCCCGUCGUCAAAUCCAGCAACUACACCAAGGAGCGCUCGCUGGGUGUUCUGUUCCUGCAAUACGGUGAGGAGACGAAGCAGGUCCUCAUGCCUAACGAGGUGUCGAGUGCUGAUACAGUUCACGCUCUGUUCGUCAGCGCUUUCCCUCAGCAGCUCACGCUCGCCAUGCUCGAGUCGCCCAACAUGGCCAUCUACAUGAAGGACCACGUGAGGAACAUCUACUACGAGCUCACCGACGUCAGGAACGUCACGCCACACUCUUACCUGAAGGUUUAUCACAAAGACCCCAAUCAGGCCUUCAAUCACAACUCGAGAAACAACAACGGAGACGCCAGAAUUUCUCGUGAGAGGCUGUACAGCCCCAGACAGCAGCAGGCUGGUGGACAGUCGAUGGUUCACACACUUCCUGCGCCCCAAAGUCCCAUCCAGGGUCCUCUGUCUCCACCGCUGGCUCGUUCCGUUCCCACGUCACCAUCGCGGUUCUCCUACAACUCUCGCACCAUGCCAGCCGGCGCCACACUUCCCCGAGAGCGCGUGUCCAGCACGCCGUCUUCCAGCGCCAUCCUGGAGCGGCGGGAUGUCAAACCAGACGAGGACGUGGACCCGUACGCGUUUCCCGAGGCGCGCCUGAGCAUGUCCGACGUCCCCGACGGCGCCGUCUUCCCCCAUCACUCUCUUUACAGGCAGAAAUCUCGCAAGUACAGCGAGAACCAGCACAGCCCGCUGAGCCCGAAAAAUCAGAAAACUCCGCCCCCUUCGCCCCACAGGGUCAACGAGGUCAGGAUGAUCGACAUCCACCCGGGACAGAACGCACACAUGAUGGUGGAGAGGACGUCGUCUCUGCGGAGAUCUUUCAGGAAGGAGAGCAACGGGACGCUGGAGCUGGCAGCGAGGCCCAGAGGGAACCUGGCGUCCCCCGUGUACGCAGAUUUGCACGGAGAAAGACCGUUCCAGGGGCUCGGAACAUCAGCAAAUCCUCAGAGCAAGCGCAUGCAGGCGAUGGAGCAGCGGUUAGCCAGUCUCACUGGUCUCGUUCAGCACGCGCUUCUCAAAGGGACGAACUCCAGCGGAGGAAAAGAGGCCGCGAGUGAGAAAUUGACCUCCGAGUCUCUCGUUCAAGACACAAACAGCGGCGGAGUCUCCCCCGUAGCUGUGUGUAAGAGUCCCCCUCUUCAAUCCGAGCAUCCCGUGUCUCCUCCAGUCAGAGACCCGUCUCUCGGCAGCCUCCUCUCCACCUUCCACAGAAACGUCUCCAGCCUGCGCCAGCAGCUCCAUCAGAUCCGCCAGACGGAGCUGCAGAACCAGGUGGCGGUGAGGACGAUGCUGAAGCAGGCGGAGGAGGAACUGACCUCGAGAAUGUGCGAGAAGCUGCAGCUGCUGGACGACCCGCUGAAGAAGCAGAGGAUGGAGGUGGACAUGGAGAGACACAGAUACAAGGUCAUGGAGGAGAGCGUGCUGCUCCAGCUGGGGGAUCUGGAGAAACACGUGGAGCAGCUGAAGAGGAACUCCAGCUUGGCUCAGGCUCAGAGACCCGUCACGCUGCGGGACGUCGAGGACGGAGCGGUUAAUCUGAGGAAGGUCGGCGAGACGCUCGCCACACUGAAGGGAGAGUUCCCAGCUCUGCAGUCGAGGAUGCAGACGGUGUUGAGGAUGGAGGUGGAGGCCGUGCGCUUCCUGAAGGAGGAACCUCAGAAGAUGGACAACAUGCUGAAGAGGGUCAAAACCCUGACUGAGACUCUCAGCUGCCUCAGGAUACUUGCUACAGAAGGCUCCCUCCGCACUGACCCGAUCUCCGACAAUAUCCGAUCACCCGGUUCCCCAGGACUGACCCGAGACACGGCCACACCUCAGCAGAGUCUAUCCUCAGCCCCCGCCCACUUUACCAUCACCUCUUCUUCUAACCCCACCCACUGUGAGCUCGUCUCCGUCUUCUCCUCCUCUCCCAUCAUGGCGCAGAGGUCCUGCAGCUCGGCGCUGAUCCCGAGUCACAGCCGAGACGCCCCCGCCGCGUCGAAGAGAGGACUCGGCGAGGAGUCCGGCGACGUCCAUCACGUCCAGGACGAGCCGCCGAGCUGCAGAGGAACCGCUGAGAGAGACGAGGCGGUGGGAAGGAGACAGGCCGAGGAGGAAGCAGAUAUGGAGCGCGUUUUACAGCAGGCGCAAGCCACCCUGAUGAAGAAUAUACCUGACCUGGAGCUGACCGAUCAGGAGAAGAGCAGACCCUCAGAUAUAACGUGCAUCCGACCUGACGAGGUGGACACUCCUCCGUCACCACGUCCAGAGGCCACCGCUCCAGCCGAACCGGUAGCAGAUAAACUGGUCCAAACCGACUUGGAGUGUGUUCAUGCACCUCCUGUAGAGAAGCCUCACCGAGCCGACGUGGACCAAGCAACGCCCCAUCAGGAUGCAGCAAACAAAUCUCCACCCCCUGCCCCACCCCGCAGACUCCACCUUUCAGCGACGGGGCUGACGACCGGACGCUCCGGGGAGGUCAUCUACACCACUCGCAAGGACUCCACCCCCUCUCAGGAGGAAGAGGAGGCUCUCCAGUCCAAACCCCAGCGAGUUCGUCCGCAGUUGAAACCCAAACCACGUGCACUUCCUCCGGUCAACGCACGUGAGAAGGAGGAAGAGGAACACGAUGAAGAUAAGAUCGUAGCAGAACUGCAGGUGUUUGAGAAGUGCCCAGUUAAAGACUUAGAGCCCAGAUACAUUGUUGACCUGACCACCCACGAGCUCCCAGACCCAGAUCCAUCCUUCUCACUUUCCUCGUAUGACCCAAAGAACACAGCUCUCCACGGCGAAGAUGGAAAACACUCUGCUCAUGCUUCACCAGGAUCUGGGGUCAUAUAUUACAUCACUGGCACGGCAAAAACACCCAGCGACAAUCCACUCGGAGGAUCUGAAGUCCAAAACGAGGCCAGAGAAGGAGUCGUUUCCUCAUCUAAGGUGGCGCAUCCGAAUUCUCCUGAUUUUACCCAACAGCCGAACGUACUAACGCCAUCUGACAUGACUUUAGAUUCCCCUAAAUCAGUAGAGGAAAGCCUGAAAGUGUCGACGGACACUCAGAUGUACGCAAGUCUUCCUGAACCUCAGAAGGACAUCAGCAGUGAUGGAGAUGAAGCAAAGAUUCCUAAAGAGUCUGAGGGCAUCAACAAUAAGCCGGCGAAUCAGGAGUUGGUUUCUUCUGAAAAUCUCAUUCAUGCCUCUGAGAAACCAUCCAGCAACGGAUCUGAGGUUCCUCUGGUUAAAUCACUGGUGCGCCCAGAAACCUUGGUGCUAUCAGAAGAAACCAUCUACCAGGAAGACAAUCGGCAGGUGGUAAUGAGAUCAUCGAAAGGUCGAACCGGGUACACCGAGGAGGCCAGCUUGAGCCCUGACCUUCCAGAAGAGGAGGCUCCUCCUCUACCCGAUAACAUCGCCUUCAUGAUCACUAAAACCAAAGUGCAAGCUCUGUCCACUGGGGAAUACCAGCAGCUGGUGAGCUCAAAGGAACAGGACGUCGAAACCGUUAAAGUAGGAACGGACGAGACCAUGUCCACCCUAGAGGAUGGCGAGUUCAGCAAGAAACCAGUCAUCAUCGUCUUUGAUGAGCCCAUGGAUAUCCGGCAGGCCUACAAGCGUCUCUCCACCAUCUUCGAGUGCGAGGAAGAGCUGGACAGGACGCUCUCAAAGGAGCGCAUCAUUGAGAAUACUGAGGAGAGCAUUGAAGAAGAGGCGGUCAAGGAUAGAGUUGACUAUCAGGUCAAGUCCGGUACUAAAUCAGAGAGCACUGGUAGUGGUAAUCAUCUCCAAGUGCCUGGUCAACAGCAGAACCUUAUUGCGUGCUCUUCUAUGGAGUCAGAGGAGGCAUCCCAAGUAGACCUCGCCGAAGACACCAAGCAAGAAGCUAAAAAGAAGUUUAAGUUCAAGUUCCCCAAGAAGCAACUGGCAGCCAUCGGUCAGGCGCUUCGUACCGGUACAAAAACAGGAAAAAAGACGUUGCAGGUGGUGGUUUAUGAGGAGGAAGAGGAACCAGAUGGCACGCUGAAGGAAGCAAGAGAAGCCAAGAGAUUUGAGAUUAAAUCUAGUAUAGACUCCACCGGUCCUGACGUUUCAGCCAGUGAGCCAUCUGAAUCCCAGACCAACAACCAGCAAUCCUCUGCAGGAAGGACUAACGAGAUCUGUCAAACGGCAUACAAAACCUUAGACAGCCUGGAGGAGACUAUUAAACAACUAGAAAGCACGAUCACAAACAUGGACCCUGGACUGUCCCCCGACGCUGCCGGUAAAGAUCCGAAAGUCAAAAAAGUUACGGAGAACCAAACGGCGCAGGCCGAAAGCAGUCCUUCAAAGAAACCACCUCCUCUAGGGCCAAAGCCUCAGAAGCCUCCUACAAGGAAGAAGUCCAAAGUGCCUUGUGUUCCUCGGCCUUCUUCCUCCAGCAGCGCUAAACAGAACACCAGCGGUUCCUCUUCUACAACUCGAGUUGCCUCGCCCAGAUCGCGGCAACAAGCGGGAAGUGUGGAAAAACCGCCAAAACCACCAAAGCUACAGGACUCCCAGGGCCAAUUCCGACAGGUGGCAACAGGAGCGCCGUCUCGGCUUACGAAGUUUAUAAACGCUUAACCUGCUUCUAAAACCCCAGCUUUUUUUUUUUUAUGUACUAAUUCUGGAAAUCCUCUUUCCAUUGAACUUAACCGUGCUCAUCAUCCAACGAGUCCUCGGUCACGUCUUUGUUCUGCCAUGACAUCUCUGGUGCUUUGUAGUGGGUCAAAGGUCAUGUCCUGUCACUCUCGAUACUCAACCUCGGCAGCUGAUCUAGCUACCGUCCCUCAUCCCUCCGGGGCGGAUCGAACCCUGCGCUUACGCCGGCAGCAUCAAGCAGGAAGUCAUUAAAUUUCAGUAACAAGGGGUGGAGCAGCUGUUGUUGGUGUGAAGUGGGCAUGGUGAGUGACCUAAUAAGGUUUAUGCAAGUAAGCAGCGAGGAACUGUGAAACGUUAUCCUUGUUAUUUGGUUCCAGAUGUUCCUGUUUUCAAUUCACGCAAAAUAUGACAGCGUGGGUAUUCUCGCCGUUCUCUUUCUGUCAAGCGUUUCGAUCUUAAAACAAACACGAAAGAGCGUUAUUUUUGGACCGUCUUGACGAUAAAGUGGCUUGCAGCACGGACGCAGUUCAUACACAAGCGACUGUCCUUCUGGAAUCUCAUUUCGGUCGUGUUCUGUAGCCAGCUCGUUAUAUAUGCUGGUGUUUGUGUGGACAUCCUGCUGGCUGCCGGUGUGAGCACACGGUUACAGAGCUUCAGCCCGACACCAGCAGCAUCUAAAGGAGGACGCACCAUGAACAUUUCGACUCUCCAGAAUUUUCAAUUCUCUUUCUCUCUUUGCUUACCUUUUUUUCCAGCAUGUCAUCUGUUUGUUUUUGUUUUUUUUGUGGGGGGGUGAGUGGGAGGAGUUGCGGGGGUUGCAUCAUUUACAUGCCCUUGACCUGAUCUGUUCUGUUUGGGUUUGUUGUCUUCUGAUCAGUGUUGUUUUUGUGCACUACUGCUGCGAUUUUAAGGAACUCUAACCCUUUCUAACAGCAUAGUGUCUAGCUGGUGCUUUCGCGUAGGUUUUCUAUUCAAGGGCUUAGAUUAGACUGACAUAACCCGAGUUCUGUUUGUUUUUAUUAUAGAGGUGUGAGAAUUUACGGUUGGAAUAUAGCGUAUGUGUACGAAUGUUUUUUUCUGAAAAUUAGAAUGACAUUGUCGUCUUUAUCCUUAUGGGAGAAAGCUUAGAAAGCCUGGAGACGUGAACUGUAUUGAAUCCAUCAGUGUUUUGAUUUGGGGUUUCAGCGCACUGCCACAUUUAGCUAACAUUAUUCUUUAAAGUAUUUCACUUACAACACCAAAGUUAUGUACAUCAAGACUUACAUGCUGUUAGAAUCCACCUGUAGAGAAAGAGUGCGUGUGUGAUCUUUAAAUAUCAUAUCAUAUUACUAAAAUAUCCUUAGUAGUGUAGAUAAUAUUUUUGUUCCAUUAAUAGUGUGUUAAACUGCAUACACAAGUGAUGUGUUCAAUAAUAAAAUAAAACUGUUUUCACUUACCUGGCCAAAGUUCUCUGCUAUGCAUGCCUUCUCGGUAUUUCAUCAAAGAAUUUCAUGUUUGCACAAAAAAAGAAAUGCUGUAAAUAUGUUCACGGGGUUUUGUAAAACGUGUACGAAGGCUGUUUGGAGGACCGCUAAAGUAUAACGGUGUCUAUGCAAUAAAGGACUGUCGCUUAGCACUGCUCUGUGUUCUUCCUUCAUUUCAGAAGUUUGGGCAAACGAAUAAAGCACCAUGAUUAAAUGCCUCAGAGGAACAUGCACAAGGCCACGGUUGUUCCAAACGCGGAAGAAAUAUUUUCCAGAACGGUCUUUAACCAGGCUAAAGACCUGAGCUGAAUUUUGUAAUGCUUCUAGAAAAAAAGUUUUACA